AUGAAAUGUGAUGAACAAUUACCAAUUUGUCAAAAUUGUAUUAAAAGUCAUAGAAAAUGUUAUAGAGGGGUUCGAUUGAACUUUAUUCAAUAUAGUUUUUACGAUCCAAAAAAUCAGUAUACAACCAAAAAUUUCGAAAUUUUAGAUCAAUCAAUUACCAUUGCCAAAAUAUAUAACGGUAAGAGAUUUUAUAAACCGUAUCUUAAACUACAUACCAAAGAAGAUUUAGAAAAGAGUGAUGAGAUAUUUCAAAGAGAUAAUGAAAUUGCUGGGAACUUUCAAAUUGAUGAUGACAAGAGGGAAAAGUUAAUUGGUAGUAUAAGCGGAACCACUUCCGCUGCUGCUGCUACUAGAGCCACGGCGGCAAUAAGAGAGACCAUGGUUGAAACCAUAACAUCCAAUUAUGAUGGCAAUUCCAAUGGCAAUUAUGAAAAGUUCGAUUUACCUCAUAAAGAAGAUAUACCGAAGGAUCAUAAUGAUUUAACUUCUUCUGAACUACCUCAAAGUAGUAUGGAAGAUAUUCAUGGAAAUAGAGUUAAUAGAGAUAAUGAUUCAUCUAAAGAUGAUUUUUUCGACAAGUUUGAUGAAUUUUGGACAGAAUCAUCCAAUUUCUUGAAUGAAGAAAAUAUCAACAAUUUCAAUUUCAAUCCUGUUGAAAACUUUAGUAUAUCCAAUUUUCUUUUGAAACCAAAAUAUCAAAUCAAGUUACCCAACAAUUUGAAAAAUUCCAAAUUAAUUUUUGACAAUCCCAAUUUCCAAUUCAACAUCAAAGCAUUUAUUAAACUUAUUGACAGUGAAAAGUAUUAUUGGUUAUUGGACUUGUUCAACGAUUUAGAUAUUUGGAAGAAUUUAAUCCCCAAUUAUUGUCUUCAUUUAAUUAAUGAAGGUGACGACAAUGAAAACAACAACAUGGUUAAUGGAACUUUCUUGAUCAAUUGUCUCUUGAAUUGUUCCAAAGAUAAUAUUAGAGAUGGAACUGACUUCCAAAUCCUUCUUAACCAUCAAUUGCAUUAUUACGAGUCUAUUAAAAACAAAAUUGUUUCGGUUGAAAAUUUUAAAAUAUUUGAAAUUCUUCUCGUUUCAAUAGUGUUAUUCUUGUUCAACAUUUUGAAUAAAUUCAUCUUGAAAAUUGCUGACGAAAAGGUUAUUAAUAUCUUCAACAACCAAAUCAAAUUAUUCAAUAAGUUGGUUUUCAAAUUUUUCAAAUUAUCAAAUUUGAAAUAUAAGAAAUUCAAGUCAAUCAUAUUUUUAAGUUCCGUCCAAUCCAUAAUGAUCUUGAAAUACUUGAUCGUCAAAAACUUUGAAUUACAACCAGAGCUUACACAAGACUUGGAUCAAGUUUCUCACCCCAUUGAUAACAAAUCAUCAACAACUACAGAUUCAAAAUCCCUUACAGAACAUUCCGACCCUCACAGACAAACGAACAUCGAUGACAGUUUAGAAAAUAUUGACUCUCUUAACUGGACAGAAGAUCUUAACGAAGAAAUUAAUUAUGAGACCAACGACAAGCAAAUCAUAAAAAAAUUGAAUUAUUUUGAAGUUGUUAAUCUUAAUAAUAACUUUAACAAUCUCGAAUUUAAUCAGGUCAAUCCUAUAAAUCAUUCAAUCAAUUCCACCACAUCCACAAGUUUCAAAUUAAGGAAGAUUCUUGUUCAUUCCAUUAAAUUGGAUUAUAUGAAGCGAUUUCCAAAUUUCAAAACAUUUUCAAUUGACAACUCCAUCAUUCCAAAGUUUAAUAUGAUAAAUAUUCAUGUGGUUCUACCUAACGACAAAUUAACACUUUUACUUCUAAUUUCCCAAUAUUUAUUGAAAAGUUUAAGCCAUAGUUUAGAGCUGUUUGGUACUUUAGAAAAGAGUUUUAAAAUCAUCGAAACUUCUAUGGUAACAGAAGAUAUUAAGAUUUUAUGGCACCAUUAUUUCCAUUGGAUGCUUGUAUAA